ACUUGCAUUUUUCAUGUUGAAAUUGAGGGUCCCAACUAAAAAAAGGUCCCCCCUUCCCAUUUAUCAACCCAUUUAUUAUUUCGGUUCCUUUUUUAAUUACCUUUCCCCAUAACUCAAAGGUACUCUGUCCUCAAUCAUGGAGACUCAAAAAUGCUUCAGAUCAUCCACUUUCUUUUUCAUCUUCAUCUUCUUAAUUUGUACCGCCGGAAUCACGAAUUGGAAUAGUGCACAGGCCAAGCUCGAAGAUCCCGCCGCAAGAAUGCCGAUGGCGCGGUCUUCGUACGGCGGCGGCGCCGACAUCGGAGGAGGUAACGGGGUGGAUCUGGAAGGAGACGAAUCCGGAAGCCGGAGAUCUCUGCUGUGGCCGGCGGUGAGGUACUACAUUUCGUACGCGGCGCUGUCGGCGGACAGGGUCCCCUGCCCUCCGCGCUCCGGCAGGUCGUACUACACGCUCAACUGCCACCUGGCCACCGGACCGGUCCGCCCUUACUACAGAGGCUGCUCCGCCAUCACGCGCUGCCGGCGGUGACCUCAAUCGCGCGGUGUGAGUACGACGUAUAUAUAUGCCGCUCUGCGAAGCUCGUUUCUUAUUUCAGCUUGAGUUUUGUAUGGUUUGGUUGUUGGAUCUGUGUAAGCUGAAGUAGUUACUGCCCAUAUUUUUAAUGAAAAAAGAUUUCUCAUUUUU